AUGCUUAACACCUCUUCACAAUCUAACGCCACUUUCCGAUCAAACCCUCUGCCUUCUUCCAAACAAAUUUAUGAAAUUACUGAUCAAGACGGCGAUAAAGCAUUUCCGAUUCAUGUUGUGAAUAGAGCUUUCGAAAUUGAGGAAAAAUAUCACACGGAAGUUGUUCGGAUUGUAUUUGCCGAUAAAAUUGUUUUUAUGAUUUCACAAUUAGAUGCACUUGCAGGUACCAUCAUUAAAGCAGACAAGGACAACUCCAAUGCUUUAACAAUGACUGUUUCUCAAAAUUAUGAUGACUUCGAUGGUGAUUUUAAUCAACUUCCUGAACCAACCUAUUCUGUGAGAACAUUAUUUGGCAAGAGGGCUCCAUCUCUCGAAAAUGCACAAAGUGAAACCUAUCUUGAUGUUGAAACAAUUUUUGCUCGAUUGUUAAUUGAAGAAUUAUACAAACCAAAAGAAAGAUCAACUAUGCAAAUUCCUGAUUUGCUGGAACCACCCAUGCCAAUAGUCCUCGAAAAGCCAUUAAUUAUUUGUCUUACUUUUUCCAAAGAAUUUCAAAAUAGGCUUAAACAACCAAAAAUCGGUAAGCAAGUCAUGAAGCAGCUUAUUGACUGUGUUGUCAAUAAAAUUUAG